AUGGAGGCAGCGGACGUGCCGCCCGAGGGCUACUCGCUGAUCAAGGCCGUGUACCAGCGGCGGCUGCGGCUGACGCGGCUGCUCAUCGACGGCGGCGCCUACGUCAACGAGAGCAACAGCCGCGGCGAGACCCCGCUCAUGGUGGCCUGCAUGACCCCGCACGCCGACCUGCAGAGCGCCAGCAAGGCCAGGAUGGUCAAGUACCUGCUGGACAACAAGGCUGACCCCAACAUCCAGGACAAGUCGGGCAAGACGGCGCUGAUGCACGCCUGCCUGGAGAAGGCAGGCCCCGAGGUGGUGUCGCUGCUGCUGCUGAGCGGCGCUGACCCCAGCCUGCCGGACCACUCCAACUGCUCCGCGCUGGUGUACGCCAUCAACGCCGCCGACAGAGACACCCUGGAGCUGCUGCUGAAGGCCUGCAAGGCGCGAGGCAAAGAGGUCAUCAUCAUCACCACCGACAAGUCCGCCUCGGGCAGGCAGAAGACAAAGCAGUACCUGAACGUGCCUCCUCCAGACCUCGAGGAAUGUGCUUCUCCAGCCGACUGCACCUCCCCGUCAGAGAUAGAACCAGAUGAGGGUCCAGAAGACCCAUUCAGCUUUAAAGAGCUGUAUGGCGGGCAGCAGGGGGACAGCUCCUCUGAAAGAGUGCCACUGAUGACCAAAUCCAGCUCCGCACCAGCGCGGUUCAAGCUGACACAGGUGCUGCAGUGUGAUCCGUGGCUAAAGUGCUGCCCAGCAGUGUUCCAGCAGAGGAAACUUGCUUCUCCACAAGAACUCCAGAGUAUCAGUCCCAUGGAAGAGCUCUCCUGUAAAGUCGGUGGCCUUGACUUAUGCAAGAGUGUCGCCUCCAGCCAUGAAAGUAGAGACAGGAAGGACACUGCUCAGGUGCUGAGAACCUCUGAUGAAACCAUGUCAAGGAAAGCACUACGUGAUGCAAUAAACUAUCAGCCUCCUUUUGUUGAAGAGAAACACAACCCCAGCGAGAUUCCCAUGGGCAUGGAUGCCAGUUUGGGACAAAUCAGCUUACUUUCAAACCUUGGCAGUAUCAUCAAGAAAGGAAGUGGAGAAGCAAAUUAUAACAUCUCCGGUUCUCAGUUAACCAACAGUCUAAUUCCUGCAGCUGAUACCAAAGGUGGUAAGUCACCAAAAGGAAAUAGAGAGAUUCUUCCUACGUACCAGACUUUGUUACGAAGUCCCAGAAGAGGUCUAGAGAUGCCUCCUCUUUCCCCAAGAGGCAGAAAUCAGGCUCCUCUAGAGGAAGAGGCCUCAGGAGCCUCAGUGCUGGAUCAGACGAGGCCAGGUUUUCUGCCUCCACUGAACGCGAGCCCCCGCCCCCCGGUCCCAGAGCUCACCGUCAUAAACACAGUGUCUGGAAUGAUUUCCUAUGGACAAACUCACUUAGCCCCCCCAGGAUCUGCUUUCCCUAAGGGCACCAAAGAGACGAAUCUGAUGCGGAGGAGGCCCUAUGAGCAGAUCACAGUCUGA